CAUUUGUUUUCAUUUUGUGCCUUACCCAAUCCACACACACACACAAACACGCACACACACACAGAUAACGGCAUGUCGCUAAAGUGUAAUCCGAAAAGUGUGCGACAGUUAAUUCAGUUCACCAAUUGCCGUCUGGUGCGCGACCAUCGGCUGAUCGAGGACGAUCUGUGGGUGCGGGACGGCAAGAUCAUCAAUCCGGAGCCCGUGUUCUAUGAUGAGCGCAGCAAGGCGCAUCGUCGCAUCGAUUGCGGCGGCGCCAUUAUAGCGCCCGGCUACAUAGAUUUGCAAAUCAACGGUGGCUACGGCGUGGACUUCUCGUACGACAAGGAGACUAUUGAGGCCGGCGUGAAGAAGGUCGCCACGGGUCUGGUGCAAAACGGCGUCACCUCGUUUUGUCCAACGCUGGUGACGUCACCGACGGACAGCUACCACAGCAUAUUGCCGCGCAUGCCGCAGCACAUCGAAGGCGGCGCCGGCAUAUUGGGCGUGCACGCGGAGGGGCCGUUCAUCAAUCCGCAAAAGAAGGGCGCACAUCCGGAGAACUGCAUCCAGACCAUUGACAAUGGCCUGGACACGCUGCGCGCCACCUACGGCCAGCUGGAGCGGAUCAAGAUCAUAACGCUGGCGCCGGAGCAGGUGCACGAUGCUGGCGUCAUCGAUCAGCUGGUGGCGACAGGCAUCACUGUCGCCCUCGGCCAUUCCAUGGCCAGCCUGAGCGACGGCGAACGGGCUGUCCAGCAUGGCGCCACACUGAUCACGCAUCUGUUCAAUGCCAUGCUGCCGUUCCAUCAUCGUGAUCCCGGUCUGGUGGGCCUGCUCGCCUCGGACGCCAUACCGCCGGGUCGCACCGUCUAUUUUGGCAUCAUUGCCGACGGCGUGCACACACAUCCCGCCGCGCUGCGCAUCGCAUAUCGCACCCAUGCCGAGGGCCUUAUCUUGGUCACCGAUGCCAUAUCGGCGCUGGGCCUGGAGGAUGGAGUCCAUCACAUUGGCCAGCUGCCGCUGGAGGUGAAGGGCGGCAAGGCAUUUAUAGCCGGCACCGAGACGCUCUGCGGCAGCAUUGCGCCCAUGGACGAGUGUGUGCGCAUCUUUAAGCGCGCCACAGACUGUACCACGGUAUAUGCCAUUGAGGCGGCCACACUGCAUCCCGCGCGCUGUUUGCGCAUCGAACGAGAAAAGGGCACACUGGACUUUGGUACGGAUGCCGAUUUUAUACUGCUCGACGAUGGCCUCCAUGUGCGUUCCACCUGGAUAGCGGGCGUUUGUGUGCAUCAAGCAACUAGCAAUGACUAACCCCAACCCC